UCUGGGGUCACCGUCUGUGACAAAGUCAUCCAGGUCUUCAAUGACAUGAAGGUGCGCAAACACGCCCCCCAGGAGGAGCAGAAGAAGCGCAAGAAGGCCGUCAUCUUCUGCCUGAGCGAGGACAAGAAGAAGAUCAUCCUGGAGGCCGGGAAGGAGAUCCUGGUGGGCGACCUGGGAGACACCGUCGACGACCCCUACCUGCACUUCGUCGCCAUGCUGCCCCCCAGCGACUGCCGCUACGCCCUCUACGACGCCACCUACGAAACCAAGGAGAGCAAAAAGGAAGACCUGGUCUUCCUCUUCUGGGCACCGGAGAGCGCUCCUUUGAAGAGCAAGAUGAUCUACGCCAGCUCCAAGGAUGCCCUCAAGAAGAAAUUUCCAG